UCAGGAUCUCAGCAAUUAAUAUAUACAUAUAUAUAUAUAUAAAUAAAUAAACGGGCGCACGGUGGCUUAGUGGUUAGCACGUUCGCCUCACACCUCCAGGGUCGGGGGUUGGAUUCCCGCCGUGGCCCUGUGCGUGCAUAUUCUCCCCGUGCUGCGGGGGUUUCCUCCGGGUACUCCGGUUUCCUCCCCCCGUCCAAAGACAUGCAUGGUAGGCUGAUUGGCGUGUCCAAAGUGUCCGUAGUGUAUGAAUGGGUGUGUGAGUGUGUAUGUGAGUGUGCCCUGUGAUGGAUUGGCACCCUGUCCAGGGUGUACCCCUUGUUCGUACCCCUCGUACCCCUUGUGCCCGAUGCUCCCUGGGAUAGGCUCCAGGUUUCCCCGUGACCCUGAAAAGGUCUAGAAGAUGGAUGGACAUAUAUAAAUACUUACAAAGUAAGACCUACACAUCCAGAAUAAAUCUAAACAUUUGUCUGUAUCUCCUUGCUGAAGACAUUUUCCCCCAUAUAUAUAAAAAAAAAAGAAAGAAAAGGAAAAAAAAAAAAAAAAAGAAGUGUGGUAUUUAGAAAAACAUCAUCACACUGUACAGAACAGUGCUGGGAUCCAGUCAGGGAUCCAUUCAACCCCUGAUAUGUGCUCUGGUUGAUUCAGACACCCGCGCUUUCGCUUCAAACUUUCCUUUCCUCCUUCCUCCCACUAUGGGAAGACCCGGGUCAGGCGCACGGAAUUUCGCUCGCAUUGCGCAUGCGCCCGCAGAGAGCCUGAUGGCGAUGUAGAACCGUAGAGAUCGGGAAUUCAGCUCAGAUGUCCCGUCUUUGAGCCAAGUGGAGGUUUGUGCUGGGGGAUGAACGCGACGCAGGAGGAAUGCGUGCGGAAUAACGCGGACGUCUCGGGGAAUCGAUUUGCGACGCAUCGGCACGUCGUAUGAUUAAUCACGCGCGAGCUGCGUCGUCCAUGUCGUCUCCGUUCCGGCACUAUUGCGGAGUUGGUGUCAAUGAACGCUCUCUUCGGCCAUGAUGACAGAUCAGCACCUCCCACUUUUGGAGGCCACGCCCAUGUUGGCUGAAAUGCCCCUCCACCAGCACGUGUUCAGCCGAGACGGCAUGCAGCAGAUGGUCUUGGUGCAGGUCAAUCCAGGAGAGACAUUUACUGUACGCACAGACGAUGGCCAGAUUCAGUGCAUUACAGGUCCAGCACAGGUGCCCAUGGUGUCCCCUAAUGGCACCGUGCCUCCCAUUUUUGUGCCUCCAGGUUACAUAUCUCAGGUGGUGGAGGAGAACGGCAUGUGGAAGGUGCUGGUUCUGCCUCAUACGAUGGACUUUCAUCACUCUUUACCCCCUGUACCUCCACAUUUCCCACUGUACACCCAGCCACAACCAGCCAUGCUGCACCACCCACACUUUUACCCCACCGAACUCUCUCCUCACUACAUUCACCAGCUGCCUGCACUUCCUGUCUACACUGAACAAGACAUGAUGUGCCACAGUGUGUCAAUGCCCAUCCGUGAAGAACGUGCAGUGAAAAUGCAGGAGCAGCUACAGCGGAGGCUGAAAGGUGGGCAUCUGGGUUCUGCUAACGGCAUGCCACUCACUCACAACGGACAUGGCAAAGUCCGGACAGGCAUGGCUGCCUCUCCAACACCACCACGGCUUAAACACUCAGUCCGGAACAGAGCCUCCCCUCCAAGUGACUAUGAGGUUAAAGCUGCAGAUCCAGAAGAAGAAAUGAGGCAAGUACAGGAGCUGCUAUCUACUGUAUGCAAACCAACAGUGGGAAGUGUCACGUCACACUCUGCAGUUCUCUCCUGGCGUCCUCCGCUCCCUAUUCUGUCAGAAGCAGAUACACACUUACACUCGCACCCUGCCCUGCCGCUCAGCUACGAGCUGGCCUUGUCUCAGAGUGGCACAGAGGGAGAUUUCAAACUUGUGUACCAAGGGAAAGACACUACAUGUAGACUGGAAGAGCUCAGACCUGCUACACACUAUCACGUCAGGGUCUGUGUGGCGUGUAGGUCGAUGAAGGGAGCCCCAUCAGAGAGUGUAACUUUCACGACGCUGUGCAGCGUCCCAGACGUUCCUGCAGUCCCCCGACUUAUCCAGCACACCACGAGCUCCAUAAGCCUUCAGUGGAGAUCACCCAAUGACAAUGGCUCAAAAAUCACUGGCUUUUGCUUGGAAUACCACGAGCAGGGAAAACAAAGUGCAUUUAAGGAGAUUUACAGUGGCCUUGCCAAGCAGUACAAAGUUGUGCACCUCAUGCCUUCAACAAAAUAUGCCUUCAGACUUGCUGCUAAAAACGAUGUAGGAAUGAGUGCCUUCAGUGCUGUUUUGAGUUGUUGCACAGCCAGCUGUGUCAUGUCUCCUCCUGCUCCUCCACCUCCACCUCGUCUGAUGGAGGCUGGCGUAACAUGGCUGAGUCUAGACUGGAGCACCCCCUGUGGGACAGCCAGCCGAGACACACUCUCUUACAUUCUGGAGAUGGAAGAAAUUGGAUCGGGGUGUGGCUUUCAGCCGAAGCAUAGAGGAGAGGAGCAAUCAUGUGUGGUGAAGGAGCUCAGGAGAUACACCUCCUAUCGAUUCAGGGUGUCUGUGGCUGGACCAGAGGGUCACAAUGUGUCUAGCGCAGUAGUGGACUACAGAACACUGCCAGACCAACCAGGCAGCCCAGGAAAACCAACACUGCACGGUUCUGUACACCCACACAGUCUGCACGUUGUCUGGGAGGCGCCAGAGGAUGACGGAGGCUUGCCGAUCGCUCUAUAUAUACUGGAACUCGGUCAGAGUGACCACCAGUGGGACGUUGUGUACCGUGGGCCUCUUAGGCAGCAUGUGUGUGAGGGCUUGCAGGAGGGGAGAUGGUAUAAACUGCGCGUGUACUGUGAGAGUCUGGGAGGUCAGAGUCAGGUGUCAGAGAGUCUGUGUGUGCAGACGGCUCCUCUGCCUCCUGGACCGUGCCAAGCCUUGCACCCUGCAGAGGGAGCCACCUCCUCAGAGAUCUCACUAUCUUGGGAUCCUCCAGUGUGUGACGGCGGGGCAGAAGUGUCUCAGUACUGUGUGGAAAUGGCUCAGUCAGGAGGAGACUCCCAAAAGCAGGUGUUCCAGGGCUCAGAUCCCUACUGCACUGUGGGCCAACUUCUUCCUGGUACAACGUACCUGUUCUGGGUGAAAGCGUACAAUGCAGCAGGGUGGGGUCCCCUGUCAGAUGUGUGCCAGGCUUCCACGACACCAGGAGCCCCAGAGCAGUGCAGUGUCCCCAGUCUUACACUAAGCACUUGCAGUAGUGUACUGGCCACCUGGGAGAGCCCAGCCUGUAAUGGAUCAGAGGUGUAUGAGUUUCAGAUGGAGUGGGGCCUGGAGGAAAGUUCUCUGGAGUUACUGUACUCUGGUUCUUCAUCUCAGUAUGAAGUGAGAGACUUGCAGCCAGCCACACAGUACUUCUGCAGAGUGCAGGCAGUCAAUGCUGUUGGUGCAGGUGUCUUCAGCGAUGUUGCCACGGUAAAGACCCCAGCCUCAGUCCCAGCAGCUGUGGAGCAUGUGGAGGAAAUCGGGACAGACUCCCUGGGCGCUCACAGUACCGCUACCAGUCUGGCUUUAAGGUGGACAGAACCUAAGUGUCAUGGAGCAGAGAUUUCCGGAUACAACAUAGACUUUGGAGAAGAGCACCCUCUGUCUGUCAGGAGGACUAACUACCACAUACUGGAAAAUCUUCAUUCGGACACUACAUAUAGGAUACGAGUGCAAGCAGUGAACAGCAUCGGUGCCGGUCCGUUUAGCCCAGAACUAAAGCUCCGAACAGGACCGUUGCCUCCUGAACCCCCAGUGCUGGAGUGUGUAGUGGCUGGACCUCAGAGUCUGAAGCUGAAAUGGGGAGACAGGCUUCAGAACAGUCAUGGCACACACUACUGUUUGCACAUGCAAGCCGGCUCGGACAGGUUGGUUUGCAUCUACAGCGGCCCCUGCCAUACGUUUAAAGUGCAGCGACUGUGCGAGGCUACCGAGUACCAGUUCAGCAUUCAGGCUCACGGUGCAGCUGGCACGGGCCCCCUCUCUGCUCCGUACAUUUUCAGCACUACCCGCUCUCCACCACCUCAGCUCAAACCCCCAAAAGUUGAACUGGUCGAGUGGAAUAGGUAUACAGUCACAUGGGAGGCGCUUGAGGCGAUGAAAGGAGACCCGAUUGUUUAUGCGCUGCAGCUGCUGAGGGGCCGUGAAGUGGAGCAGCUAUAUAAGGGCUCUGGAACGUCAUACACAUGGCAUAACUCCACAGUGAGUCGCAUGUGUCGCCUGCGCGUGUGUGCCGGUCGCCGGAGCACGGACGGUGGAGAGCUGUGGGGUCAGUGCAGCCUCAGCACGGCCCUUCCUGCGACUGAGCCACCCAGAAUCUCAAACUCCCACAAUCCCCAGCCCAAGAGGAGUUGGUCUCUCGCCGAUGAGCGCUUUGCAACUGUUCUGCUCCUCGGCUUUGUCAUAUUGGCCAUUCUGUUUGCCGUGCUCAUCCAGUACUUUAUCAUCGAGGUGCAAUGAGGGAAGAGGAGAGGGAUUAGGUGGAAGAAGGGAAGCAAGGAAUAAGAUAGAGGAGAAGAAAGGAGAAAGAAAACGCGGCACGUUCGAGCGGAGCAGGCCUCGUAGCACAUAGCCGCCCUGACUAGCACAGAGCAUUUUGAAAUAGUCAAAGCCCAAUUAUUAUUAUUAUUAUUAUUAUUAUCAUUAUUAUCAUUGGCCUUUUUUUAAAUGACUAUUAAUGCAUGGAGGAAAGAAAUCUAUAUAUGUCAACAGUAGGUACUUUGUUGUGUAAACUGUGACGAAUGGGACUUCAGUGUGCCAUCUGUGUACUUAUUUUAAGAUGGUUACUUCACAGUUUUGGCCAGAUUUUAUUAUUAUUAUUAUUAUUAUUAUUAUUAUUUCAUAUGAAUCCGGAUUAUUUUUAGACCACGGAAACUUCUACAGGCAAGGCCGAUCGCGCGGUGCUUUGGUGAGCUUGGCUGGUAUUCGGUACACAGCAGCCUUAUCUGAACAUUAAAGGACCUCAUUUUCAGAUUGGAAGUCAUGAGAUUCUCCUGAAACACCCUUGAGGAUUGUUACACCAGUGAGUUUAUGUUGCUUUAUAAAAAAAAAAAAAAAAAAAAAAAAAAAAAAAAAAAAUAUGAAGUCUUAUGGGCUGAGUGCUUUUUUUUUCUGCCUUAGAAUACCACGAGGUUUUUUUGGCGUAUUUUUUUUUUUUUUUUUUUGCGCGCGGAUAUCCUGUUCCUUUUUUUAAUUUUUAUUAUUUUUCCAGUAUCACAAGUGUUAAAACGGGAGACAGUGCCAAAGCUUUCAUAGACGUAUACAAAAGCGCAUACUCAUAAAUGACUGGAGUCUCUUGUGCUCUCAUUUGCAGAUAAGAACUCUUUUUUUUUUUUUUUUUUUUUUUUGGUAAUGUUUAAGAAUUCAUAACAUCAUAACCAGAUUAUACACAAUAAUUCAUUCAUUUAUCUGAGACAUUGGGAGAGCUAGAUUUUUAUGUUCUGCUAUCACCAGUGUGUUCUUAUACGGUAGACUAUACAUACAUUCUAGAUAUGUUCAUGUACAUACAGAUAUGGCAGUAUUACUUAGAGAUAGCCUAUAUGGAUAUGCAUUUGUUAUAAAUGUCUCUAUUUAGCUCAAACUGAGCAGUGUAGUCCCUUUCUGAUUUCCGCUUUCGGCGAGGAGUUUUCUUUAACGCUGUUAUUUUCCUCAGUUACUUUGUGAUGAAUUCUCAUCAUUAUUUUUAUUUGAUCCAAAAGUCACUGAUUUAAAAAAAAAAAAAAAAUUUUUUUGAAAUCUUUAGCGUAUUUUAUAUUUAUAUAUCCAUACUGCAAAAAUCAACCUUCCCAGUUUCCUCCUGGUGCUCAAUCCGGACGGCGUUAACGGUUUUCGAUGUCGCUGUCGCAUCGUUAUUGAAAUUAGAACCAUGAUUUGACGGGUCCUUGCUUUCACAGAAUAAUUUCCCCCCGCCCUUCGACGUAAUUGAUGGCGCUCGAUGAAGUAGACCCAGAGUGAAGUGCCUCUUAUCUGAAAAGGCGUCACGUCGUAAGUACAUCGGUGUCAGGCUAGAAUCUUUGCCUUGCUUUACCUUAAGGACUCUAAAGCUUAGUAAUUCAUUAAAGAGCAGAGUGCACUUAGUCUCUCGUGCUUCUGUGCAAAGGCCUGCUUUUGAGCUUCUCGUGCACACGCAACGCUGUGUUUCACUACAGGAAGGUAGUGGUAAACGUGUUUAUAGAGCUGCUAGUGUUUUUUAUUUACGACGGAGAGAAGCUGCUGUCUGGACUUCCUUGUUUGUUUUCAAACUUGAAUAGAGCUGUACGCCGUUUGUCCUUUAUACCUCUUUCGUGUCGCAAAAGCCAUUCUAUUGCACAGCAGAUACCGUGGUUUGUUUCUCUUUCACUUCGCCAUUUUCCUUUAGAUGUAUCGCUUCAUCGUGUCGGUCUUACCCUUAGGGCUUUCCACAUUAACCUGUAUACUUUGCAUGGGCUCAAAUUCCCAAAUAGGUCCUGGGGUAUCUCAAGGUUUCUGACAUAUUGAAUGUCUUAGAUGUAGAAGUAGAAGCGGAAUUUACUCACGCUACAACACACACGUUUUCUCAAUGCAUUUAUUAUGCCAAGGUGUCCGUGUUAAGGGAGUGAUUCACUGAGAAGUGAACUCGCUGGAUCACAUGAGUGUGUGGAGAAAUAACAGAUUGUUAUAUAGGGAAUUUCCAUUUCAAAAGGGUGCUGGUAGCACGAAUCUGUUGGGCCAAAAGUGGGUUUUUUUGGUCGGUUUUUUUUUUUUUGGUAACACUUUACAUAAAGGUACAUUAAAGAUGUAAGAUUUUUGGAAUUUUUGAACUUUUCAGCCUCCUUUGGUUUAAAAAAAAUAAAUAAAAAUACACACUAUUGCAAGCUACUUGCAGAACAUUUCAUAAUGUGAAUGGGUUGAUGGGUUUUGCUGUUAUCUUCCCUGAAUCUGCGCAUUAAUCUCAGCCAUCAGCCAGUUCACUGCCACUGUAACUGCAGGCUGUCGGACGCUACUGCUAAUUUUAGCCAGCUAGCCAAAAAUAUAGUCGUUUCCGUUGUUUUUUUUUUAUUAUUUUCGCCCUGAUCUGUGUCCGUUGUGCGGUUUGUUAUUUAAUCUGUGUGUUUUGUUCUCCAGCCUGCCCAAAAAAAAAAUGAAUUAAUCAAUAAAUUAAAAGCUCACCCUUAGCUAACCUGUUAGUCACUAGCCACCUAGCAUGAGUUCUCACGUGCAGGUGCAUCUCAAAAAAAAAAAAAAAAAUUCGAAUAUCGUAGGAAAAAAAAAUCGUCUUUCCCCGUAAUUGAAUUCAAAAAAUGGAACUUUUCAUAUAUUUUAGAUCCGUUACACAUCAAGCGAAAUAUUUCAAGCCCGUUUUCCGUUUUGAAUCUCGAUGUGAAUCUCAAAAUAUUCGAUUAAUGACUUUAUAAUACAGAAAUGUCGACCUGAGAAGAACUCUAAUCAGCGAAUUAAUUAACUCAAAACACCUGCGACGGUUUCCUGAGGCUUUAAUCUCUCGGUCUGGAUCGGAACGCACGACCGCGACGUCGCGUUAACGUGAUUUACGCGUAAGAUCAGUGCUGAAGUUUACGGAUCGUCAAUGAUAAAUAUUUCCGUAAAUAAUGGGAGUUUGGCGCACCUUAAUGUAAAGUGUUCUCUUUGUAAAAAAGAAAAAAAAAAACAAACAAAAAAAACCCUACCAACUUGCUGCUACAAUGAAAAAAAAAAACAAAAAACCAUAGACUGUUCAUCCUUUAAUGUAAGCCAAAAGCUAAAAAGUAAUUUGUAUAAUUUGUUGAGUGUUAAAACAUACAAAUAAAACUCUAGCAUUUAAUGAUGUAUCUAAGGAACCGACAUGGACCAAAGAUAUUACUGCUGCAGUGUCUAUAAAUAUGGUUUAAUACCACCAAUGCAUGUUUAAACCUCUUUAAAUGGUUGAUUUUAUGAUUAUUCUAAUCUGUUGAUCACGUCAUCCAAACUCAUAUUUACUCCAAGUAAACUGUGGGACUCCUAAUUCACUGUGCUUGUGAAAUGAGUGGCGAAAUUCACACUUCGGAAUGACGUCAUGACUAAAUGAUCCAACGAAACGGCCAGUUUUUUACGCCAGAUUAAUGGAGUGUGAUUCAGUGUUUUUAUGCUUCUUCUUCUUCUUCUUUUAUUUAUUUUUUUUUUACCCCAUACGAUUUUUCAAAAUAAAAAUGCAAAAGAGCGUUUAGGUUUGUCGUCGUAGCCCUAAAAGCUCAGUAACCUCCUGUGCAGCUUUAAAUUUGUGUGUAAGCUUACUGCAUUUGUAAUCUCAUAGCAUUUCAAUUUCCUGAAGAUGUAACCAAAGCUGGUACAAAGACUGUUAACAGGCACCGAGGUUACUGUGCACACGCCGUCUUGCUUUCGUAUUUACAUUUUGCCAUGAUUUAAGAAAAAAGAGAGAGAGAGAGACAGAGAGAGAGAGAAAAUUGUCACAAAGCAUAAGAAGCCAUAAGGGACAGCCUGAAUUGUCAUGGUCUCUCUAUCUGUGGCUCGCUGCUAAACACACUAAUAAACAAAAGUAGGCUAUAAAAUGUUUUAAGCCCAAAGUAGUGUCUCGGUGUUUUAGAAUGUCACGUGUAAACUAGGGAAAUAGACUGGGGGCACAAACAAAUGAGCAGCCAGUAGUCUGUAUUGUGUGCCAUCAUGUACAUGGAAUCAUCUUUAUGUCAAUCUACCAGCUCCAAAUCACCUUUUGUCAUGCCAGUGUUUAUAGACCAUGUUUUUUGAUACUGAACUUUUUUUUUUAUUUUGAAAUACAAAAAAAUUAUACAUUCCAAAAAUAUUUAUCUGUUGUUGUUUUUUUUUGUUUGUUUGUUUUUUUUUUACUCACAUUAAAGACUGCCAUGUACCGUAUGUCAUAACUGACUUGUAACAAUCAUAGAUAAUAUAUUUAAUAUGUUCAAUAAAUUAUAGUCAUUCUGUG